AUGUCCGGACUAUUUGUUUUCACAUUUAUCAGCAUAGUUACAAUUUAUACUAUCAAAUCUGCUCCGCUCGAAAAAACGAUUACGGGCAAAGUAACUCAUGUCGGUAAAAAUACUAUUGAUAAGGGUGCUCAUGUAAAAGUUGAACUACGCGAUACUAGUUUAAUGGAUGCACCAUCGAAAUUAAUUGCAUCGACAAUAAUAAACGACGCAAAAACAUUUCCUGUUUCAUAUACACUUAAAUAUAAUCCAUCGGAAAUUCAAGCUCAUAAUACCUAUUCACUAUCGGCACGAAUCAGUGGACCUGGUGACAAACUUUUAUAUAUUAAUGAUGCUCACACACGUGCUGACUUAGCAAGUAAAAAAUCAUUAACGAUUGAUGUAGCCGUUAUUCGAGUUGGAGACAGUUCUGCUACUAUUGCAACCGAACCUGGUGAUAAGAAAAAAGUAUGUUCACCAGUUAAAUGUCCAGGAAAACCAAAACAAUGCGCUUAUGGUUAUCAGAAAAGCGAUGGUUGCGAAAUUUGCAAAUGUGAUGAUCCAUGCAAUCCACUAGGAAAACCAAUACGUUGCGAAGCUAAACAACGAUGCUUUGCUGAAAAGAAACCUGAUGGAACAUUUGCAGCUCGCUGUGGUGCACCAACAACUCCAACAAAAAAACCUCAUGAACACAAACCAAUCAAGAAUCUUUCAAAGCUAACCUGUCUCCUGCCAAAAGAUACUGGUUUUUGUCAGGCACAUAUGCCACGUUUUCAUUACAAUUCAGCCACGAAAACCUGUGAAACAUUCACGUAUGGAGGAUGUCAAGGCAAUAAAAAUAAUUUUCAUACAAAAGUCGAAUGUGAAAAAGCUUGCAAAGCCUAA